AUGUGUGACUCUAGUGACUACGCAGUGGGGGCAGUGUUGGGACAGUGCAAAGACAAGCUAAUACAUCUAAUCUACUAUACUGGUAGAACGCUGAGUGGAGCCCAGUUGAACUACACUGUGACGAAGAAGGAGAUGUUGGCGGUGGUGUUUGCUUUCGACAAAUUGUAUGCACUGAUCAUGCAGCUCUCAAACGAGCAGCUGCUCGCUACUAGUCUUGAGGAAGUGCCAUGGUAUGCAAACUUUACAAAUUACCUGGCCAGUAGUAUAGUUCCUUAUGACCUUUCCUCUGUAUGUCAUGCAUCGGCAUAUGAAGGGCAUUUUGGAGGAGUUAGGAUAGCGGCGAAAGUGCUAGAGGCCGGUUUCUUUUGGCCAACAGUGUUCAAAGAUGCGCACCAAUGGGUGAAGGGCUGCAAUGAAUAUUAUGUGUCCAAAUGGGUAGAAGCUGCAACAUUUCCCACGAAUGAUGCAAGAGUAGUGGUGGUUUUUUUGAAGAAGAACAUAUUCACCUGUUUUGGGACACCGAGAGCUAUUAUCAGUGACAGAGGAACACACUUCUAUAAUCGAGAUUUUGAGAAGUUGCUAGCGAAGUAUGAUGUGCGUCACAAGGUGGCAACACCAUAUCAUCCGCAGACAAGUGGACAUGUAGAAGUGUCUAAUAGAGAGAUAAAGAGUGUAUUGACCAAGACAGCCUGCCACUUACCAGUGGAACUUGAACAUAAAGCUUGGUGGGCACUGAAGCAGCUGAACCUAGACAUUGAGGUUGCGGGCACAACGAGAAUCACUGAAUUGUAUGAGCUUGACGAGUUCUGA